AAACAAAAACAAGCAGACUAGAGCGAGCAGAGAACAGCUUGAGACCCGGGGAGGGAGGGAGAGGAGUAGGAGGGAAAGUGACAGACGCUGACAGACACCACCACUCCGGAGUGGCAGACGCAGCUAGGAGUAACACACACUGAGGGAACGGAGAAGACCCUCAGGGCAAGAGCAGAGUCUAGUGGAGAGCAGGGAGGGUGUGAGAGCUGUGGGGCUGGGGGCCCCUCCUGCGCUGUCGGGCUGCCGAAUCUGGUCCCGGUUCCGCCCCCCUCAGAUUCACUCCCUAGGUGUGUUUGUUUACUGGUCCCUCCCAGUCUCACUCAGAUGCUCCAACUCUCUGAUCUCAGGGUGCAGAUCAUUCUCUCAGACGCCUGAGCCCCUGAGUCCAGCUGCCAUGGGCACCUCCAGCAUCUUCCUCUGCCUUCUGUUCCUGGGUGGGGCACUGGGUCUCACCACCUCCCCCGCCCCGAGACGGCUCCGCUGUUACACCUGCAGCUUUGCCAAACCCUGCUAUCCUGUUCCCACUGAAUGUCAGGAUGAUGAAGUUUGUGGCAUCAGUGUUGGCACCUCAGAACAGAGUGAGGUCAUCGAGCGGAAAGGCUGCCUCCCAAGGGCCCAGUGCCCUCUGCAGGGCUAUGUCACCUACUGGUUACGCUCCUACGCUCUGCGGCACCACUGCUGUGAGCAGGACCUGUGCAACUCAGCCAUCACGCCGCAGCGGCCCCCCGACGCCCUUCUCAUCACCCUGCUUCUCCUCUCAGCCAGCUUCACCUGGGGAGGCCACCUCCUCCACUAGCCUCAUGUGGACCAGCAGCCUUCAACCCAAGAGUCUUCCGCUAUCACUGUGGCACAGACACUCUUGAGAUCUGCCCAAGAACCUGAUUUUGUGCAGAGACCUCCAAACCCUUGGCCCACCACCUUCCCAGACCCCUCCCAAGACCUGCCUCCUGGUGGCAUGGCUCCAGCCCCUACCUGCCCAGAGGUACCUGCCCAGAGCCCCGCCUCAUAAAGAACACCUGUUCUAAAUCUCUUGUCUUUUCUAGAUGCCUGUUGCUGAGGCAUUCUCUCAGCCCCAGCUCUCUGGCAAGGCCUGUAUUUGAUGGAGCUGUGGGUCCCAGGCAAGGGGAUUGAAGGGGUGAGGAAGAGAGUCCUGCUAGGAAAGAUUAAUUUGGUAGGUCAGGAAGGAGGGCUUGGGGAACUAUGACAAAUAAAUGUAAUAAAAGUGCGA